UCAACUAUGGCGAGUGCAAGCAGUGAAUCGAACACUAUCCCGGGACAAGAAGCGGACACGCCCCUCCAGUGGAAAGCGAUCAGUUUGACUCACGUGGAAUUUGUCAAGGGUGACAUUAUUGGAUAUGGCUUGGCCUGGCUGAGUCUUCUGCCCAUAUUCAUUCUCGUAGCGUUUGUCACACUAAUCAUCUUCAGAAGAGAUUUGCACACAAUUUCCUUCUUCUUGGGUAUGCUGGUGAAUGAGGCAAUCAACUUGGUACUUAAACACAUCAUAAGAGAAUACAGACCAAUGAGAGAUAGAAAAAAUGUGUUCAAUGAGUAUGGAAUGCCAUCAAGCCAUUCACAAUUCAUGUGGUUCUUUUCUAUGUAUCUUACAUUUUUCCUAUUUAUCAGAGUGUAUAAAAAUUAUACCUGGUUAGAUGAUCUAUGGAAAUAUGCAACCAGUUUUGGUGGAUUUGUCGUAGCAGCUUUAGUAUCGUACAGCAGAGUUUACCUGGUGUAUCAUUCACUGGGUCAAGUGUUUUGGGGAGCUGUGGCAGGGAUCAUUCUAGGAACACUAUAUUUCGGUGUGGUGCAGUUUGUGAUGACUCCACUGUUUCCCCUUAUAGCAGCUUGCCCUUUAGGCGAGCUGUUAAUGUUAAGAGAUUCUACACUUAUUCCCCAUGUGAUGUGGUUCGAAUACACCUCGUCAAGGACAGAAGCGAGGAGUCGACAGAGGAAGAUGACCGCCAGGAAGUCCCAAUGACGCUGAGUGUCCACCGUGUUUUUAUUUAGGGUUUGGUAAUACUUACAAUUUUAUUGUCCAUUUCUAAGGGUCAUCAUUUUGAUGAUACAUCUUUUAUGUACAAAAUGAUAUUUUCUAUCUGCAAUUUGUCCUAUCUCAGAGCUUCCUUGUCAUCGAUGGGUUUUAACUUACAUGAUAUAUAAAUAUAUUCGCUAUCUGACUAUUUUGAAUAUGAGAGAGCAAGUGGAUGAAUGUCAUCACUGGUCCGACUGUGGUCAUAGUAAAUCUGCUUUUUGUGUAAAUAUACGUCUCCACGUGAUUGUUAGCUUGAGGUUAUUUAUUAUUAUAAAGCUGUGAAUGAUUAUUAAUUAUGCAUAUGAAUGGUAACAACAUAGUUGGUUCAUGCUUGUGAUAUCAUUAUUACCUUUGAAUGUAUUUAGUAUCGUUUAUUAUAAUUACAAGCACAACACAGUAUUUUCAUAUAUAUAGCAAUAUUUUCAUGUUUUUUUUCAAAAACAUAAAUCUGUGUAUAUGUAUUUUUAUUGCGACUUCAUGCAAGCUCAAUCAUAGCUUCUUACUAAAAAAUAUUCUUUAUCCCAUUUGUUUGAUCAGAAUAUGUAUAUUAAGUUAUAUUAUGAAACACAGCACAUUGAGAACACUUGUUACAUUCAGUGAAGAUAUUUUCAAUUUGUUAUUAUCCGAGACAAAAUAGUCUUUAGAUUUUAUAUUAAGAUGUUUUUAUUCACAUAGAUCUCAGGCCGUGUUUAUCAAUAAACAAGUGUAAACUUAAUCUGGGAUAGUGUUAUUGUGAAAGUGAAAUAUGUUUCUGAAAUAUUAGCAGGAUGUAAAUAAAUAUACUGAACAACAUUAGAAACGCACCACACUAAAAUGCACCGACGAUGCUCAGAUAUCAUGGGUACAUUUCUGUCUGACAGGGAUAUUUCGUAUUAUAUGGGUGGUGCGUUUCUAAUGUUGUUCAGUAUAUGUUGUUCUCAAGGUCCCUUGCGUCUCAAUUACUGAAUAAAGUGCAUGUUUGAUGCAGAAACAAAUAUGUAACUCCAAUUUUUACUUCUUUCUCUCUCCGUGUUCCAUAUCUAAUUGAUUUAAACAUAUUUUAUUCACAAAUGUGAAAGGGAUUGGGGACAUAUCUAAACUGAAAGAUGCAGUGUUUUACCUGGACUUGACAAAAGUGUGGGUCUAAGGGACUUGCAUCAGUAAAGUUUUCGGGUCCUUGCAGGUAAUAUGAGGGUGUUAUAACGUAUACAGAUGAUGUAGUGUACGUUCAGUUAAUGACUUCAGAGCCUGGAAUGAAUCCGGUCAUGUGGACAGUGGUCAUGACAGAUGGGUCAAAUAACAGUCACAGAUUACUUCUCUUGAAUGCUGUAGGUAUACUCUUGGUAUUUCUCUGCUUCUCUCCGGAUGCAGUAGUUGUGGUUUUCUGCACCCAUUCUCUACACUUGUGCUUACUGGAAAACCUAGAGAAGUAUUUCUUCCUGGCACAAUGUCCCAUAUCCAGGCACUGAUACAUGUAACUUGACUGUGUUGUGUCAGUACUUUGAAUGUUUAUAGAUAAUAUUAAUGCAAUUUCUUUCUUUUGCAAAAUCUCACUAUAUGGAAUCAAUAUUAUUUAUUGAUUUUAUAAACAUAUUCCAUAUUCUGUAUGUUAGAUGUUGUGUUGGACACUCUGGACCAAAAAUAUCCAUGUCAUCUUCAUGAAAUGUUGCUUGUAGUCUAACAUUGGUUAUCUUGUCUACACAUAGAUGUCAGUCUUCACAUCUGAACAGUUUUAAACAUAUUCCUAUUUCACUCACACCUUGUUACUCUUUAAAUAUUUUUCUCAAUUUAAGACAUUUUAUUGAAAAAGGCAUGUCAAAAUUUGGCCAAAAUACCAGUUAGGUACAUAGUCGGCUUUCAAAUAAUUAUUUUCUUUAGAAAACAAAUUGUCUUGAACGUGGAUUUGUUAAUUUUACUUGUACAUGUCAGUAGGGGCAGCUGUCAAUCACCUGUCAGCUAGGUAAACACAGGUUGAUUGAUGUGGUCUAUGUCAUUAGCAGGGAGACAAUGUAUGUUGUAAUGUAAUGCUUAAGUAACAUGCAUUGCAUUUACUGAUUGUAAUGUUAUAGUGUAGCUCGUUACAUUUAAUACUUGGAAUUUUUACAUUACUUGAGAUAUUUAUAUCCCCCUUUAUAUAAAGGGACUUUGUUCAAAUGGUAGCACAUGGAGAUGAAAUAUACAGUUCACCUGAAAUGUUACUUCCAUACUUGUCAAAAUCGACAUUUUUAUUGCAGAUAUUUUCACUGAUUAAAUAUAUUAAUAUCUUAACAAUUCAUGUAUAAGUCUUGGUAAGAUGUGUUUUACAUGAACAUACUAGAUACAUGAUGUAUACAUGUAGUAUCUCAAUUUUUGCAUGCAUUUAAAUUACAAAGAUAUUGAUAACUGUUGUUUAAAGUGAUGUUAUUUUGUAUACCAUGAUAUAAAUGCUGAAUAUUCAGUAAGAAUAUCUUAUAGACGUUUUAAUGAUUAUUUCCAAUAUUCAGUUGCAAUUUAAUACCGGCAUCAGAUGUAGAUACAUCAUGUUGUACUGGGUCUGAUAUUACAGCAAGUGUGGCUCCUAGGCUCUGAGGUGCGGUGGGGUAGCCUAGUGGUUAAAGCGUUCGCUCAUCACGUCAAGACCCGGGUUCGAUUCCCCACAUGGGUACAAUGUGUGAAGCCCAUUUCUGGUGUCCCCCGCCGUGAUAUUGCUGGACUAUUGCUAAAAGCGGCGUAAAACUAAACUCACUCACACUAGACUCUGAACCAGGUGAAUCUAUCAAAUUUCCUCAGGAGGUAGAUCUAGCUCUGAUCUCUGAUUACCAUCAUCCUGCCUCAUCAACCCUUUCUACACAAAACAACUUCCUAAACAUCAGAACAAACAGUCAUUAUGGUUUUCCUACAAUCGCUUGUUCACUUGUUGGAAUGUCUCAAUGGCAUAAUUCUAACUGGGUUUUUCUUUCACACAAAGUUUCAGGCCGCCAGCACUGGUCAUGUAGAAAACGGUGUUAGCUUUGAAACCAAUUCUACUAUAAACUUCAGUGAGGUUGCUAUAAUAGCUUCUCUCCUAUAAUUCUGAAGACUGUUUGUGUCUUCUGUUUCUGGCACAAUGCAUAAAAAAGUUUCUUUCUUUGAUUCAAACUAAUUACACAGAAUGGUUACAUGAAAAGAUUCUAAUUGAGCUGAGCACUCUAAAGCUACCAUAGAGAGGUUGACAGAUAGAGUUGAGCAUCUUUCGUGCAAGCUAAAUAGAAAGGUUGUCAGAUGGAGAUUACGGGAAGGGGAGAUAUUGACCAAAGACUUACUAUGCCGACACAUACAGAACAUUAGCAAGCUAUUUCUUCUAGACUAUCUGUGUUGAGGUAAUCACAUAUUGGACCAUACAAUUUAUAUAUUCAAAAUAUUGUUUCUCCUGUAUUUAUCAGCUAUGACAUUGUAUUUCAAAUUAUUUAUUUUUUGUGUCCGAUAUGACACAACAUGAAAAGGUUCAUGACCAUCACACUUACUGCCAUGAAGAUCCAGGUUAGAACUGGUUUUCAGCAAAGCUUGUUUGUCGCAAAAGGUCAGGGAUAAGGCUCUCUGACUUGGUUGAUCCAUUUCAUCAUAUCCCUAUUCCGUAGAUCAGUGUAGAUUCCUUAGAUGAUAUCAGUGACUGGAUUGUAUAGUCCAGACUCGAUUACUUACAAACAAUCUGUAAACUUGUAGAGUGCAGUGUUUAGCAACAAACAAAUAAAUACAUACAGCCGUC